UGGCUGACAACCUUCAAUCCACCGUAGAAAUCCCCGAUGAUAUUCUUAUUUCUGUGUCAAUGUUACAUCACGAGCGAUUGUGAGGGCAUAUGGUACGAAACCCACCCUUGCACACCGGUUUCUCAGCACUCAACACCUUUUUGUCUUCGCAUGUCUGAUUAUGGAUUCUAUGAGCGAGCGAGGACCAGACUUCCCUAGCGCUAGAGACGGCUCACCCGGCUUUGAUUAUUUUAAGUCUCGUGAGGGCUAGGCGAGGCUAGGUAUCUUCAUUCCGUCGGCUUGCCGGCCCGGUGUUCUUCACCACAGAAGUUUCUUGUAUAACCUGGGACUAUUUCAAUGAGAACGAGCAUAUCCCACGUAUUUAAGAACUUGGGUGGGAUCUCCCUUCGCGAUUUUGACUUGGCCCUGGUCUCAAGUUCUAGAAACCAGAAUCAUAGCCAGCUUGCACUAGCAUGCAUUGCUACAACAACAGGCAGAUGACGAGCAAGGGGCUCUUCUUCGCCAUUUGGGCGGCUGUUUUGUUCUUAUUCUUUACACCCUAUGUGCAAUCUAUUCCACUCGCCACCGGGGAAAAAUCAGCACCAGAUGCCUUCUUUAUUCCAUCCGCUAGUAGUUGGUAUAACAGCUCUAAGACAACCAGACUAGUCAAACGUGGGGGCGGCGAUUUAGGUGGUGAUCCUUAUAUUCCUUCAUGGCCCGCUCGCCAAAACACAGGAAGAAUGCUUUGGUGCCUUAUGAAUAGUAAGCUAGCUCGGCAGAGUGAGUUUACAGCUGAUGACCUAGAUGAAUACGGGUGGGAGGCAGAAUCUGUCUUGAACUCGGUCGUGGAAGAGUUUCGUGACCAUAUCAGACCACUCUACGAUCAGCUAGGUUUCAAUGUAGAUGGCGAACAGGCCUGGGGCGAUAUGCAUAUUAAUGACUGGGGGGUGGACGACAACGGCAGACCAAACCAGGGAACGUUGGGAGCCUAUCAAAACAUAUACAAUGGUCCUCAGGGGUAUAUCAUAGCAUACACCAAUGUAGCACCUGCAGAAUCAGGAUUUGUUGCGCCGAUUCCGCCAUUACAGAAGUGGUCAGAUAUAACAGCAUUCCGGUGGGAGAGCGUGGCAGCCGGGCAAAGGCUGAACUAUGUUGUUCGGGAUCAUAUCGCCAACUGGAAUACGCGUAUGUCGAUUUACAACGCCUUACGAACCGCCGCCCAGGCUACUUUACCGACCUGGCCCGGUUCUGACUUCACUAUCAACGAGGAUGGCACCAACCCCCUUGCGUCAGCCUUCUGGGGCCUCCUCGGCACUUACCAUGCUGCUGGUCCCGCCUACAUGCUGGCCCAGCACAAGAACAUAUUCGGACAUAAAACUAUCACCAGAAUUCGCAUAUGGGAUGAAGAAAGAGCUUGGCCUAUCUCGAAUACGCUUGACGAUUUACGAGCUAUGACGCCGAACAUGCUGAUCUAUGUCGAUGAUGUCGCGACUGAUGUUGAACCCAUGCAAGGCUAAGCGUUGAUUAGUAACACUGAAACUGAGAAUAGUCACAGAUAGUAUAAUCAAGAAUUCAUUGUACCCUA